AUGGGGAUGAAGAAAAUAGGCAAUCUGAGGACACAGACUACACUUAAAGCCUCUGAAGUGUUGCCAAAUUUAGGAGAGUGUAGCUUGAAGAAGGCUGCGAAACUCGGGCCGGCGCGCACGGCCCACAGCGUACACCCACACACCACCCCACGUUCCCCCCGGUGCCGCCUGGCGACCCCUGCCCGGUUAGGAGAAUGGACUCAGCACCCCGGCUUUACUCGGAGGGAAACGCACAAGUCACGGCCGCUGCCGCGCUCCCCUCCUGCCAGCGGCCCCCGCACACCCAAUUUCUCCGGGAAUCGCCCACACGGGCCCGAGGCCGCCCUCUGCUUCCGGCGGCGGCCGUGCGGAGCCCGCUUCCUCGGACGCCCGCCCCCGAAGUGCCGGCGCGACUCCGCCGCCCUAAGUUUGCCCGCGGCAGCGCGAACGCGUCCCGCACUUGGCCGAGCGGGAGCGGCGGUGUCCGCUGUGUUUGCCCAACUGUUGAGGUUAAUUUUCCUGGAGACUACUGACAUUGCUGUGAAGUGUCCCAUGGCAGGCUGCCCAGAUGCUUACGAUCCAGACCCUCUGAGCACCAGGCAAGAAUGGACAUGCAGAGAAGCAGAUGGACGGUGUGAGGACAAUCAAGCACAGGAAAAGACGUUGUAAAGAA